UUUCUCUUUUCUCUCACGACGGGGAGAGAAGAGGAGAGAGAGAAGCGGCGGUCGGCUAGUGGCCGCAGGGAUGUACACCAAACACAGGCAGAAAAAUGGACACAGCUCACCGCCGAGAAACGCGCGAAUCCUCUUCACUGUGCUGCUGCUGAACGGCUUGUUGGAAAGCGGGGACGGGGAGCUGGGAGCCGAAGGAGCAGGGAAGGACCCAGGGCGGAGAGUAAAGGCCCAUUGGCUGACCAGCAUCGUGGUACAGAAAGAUACACCUCUACAGGAGCAGUUUCCAGUGAGGGGUGAGAUUCUGGUCUCAGCACAGGAUCUGGAGCUGGUGCUGGAAGUCGAACGCAAUCAGGAACUUCUGGGAAAAGACUUCACUGCAACUCACUAUGAAGACGGCCAGCCUGUAACCCACACAGCCAGUCACUCUGAACAUUGCUUCUAUCAUGGGCACGUUAGAGACCACUCUUCCUCCUGGGUUGCUCUGAGCACAUGCUCUGGAGUAAGGGGCCUGAUUGUGCUGAGCUCCAAUGAAACAUACUACCUGGAGCCAGAAGGAGAGCAGGAGAUUCUCCACCACACUUUCUACCACACGGAUGACCUGCCAGUCAAAGGUGGCACAUGUGGACAUGGCCAUCAGACUGGACCUGAAAACAUGUUUGGUGGUCUCCUUAAACCUUUGCAUCAAAGGGUGAAACGAAAUGCCUGGGGCACGACCAAGUACAUGGAGCUUUAUAUAGUAGCUGACAACGCACUGUACAAAAAGCAGAACAAGGACUUUGAAAAAACUAAACGAAGAAUCAUGGAAAUCGCCAAUUACGUUGAUAAGUUCUACAGAGCUCUCAAUAUCCGAGUCCCUCUGAUUGGUCUGGAGGUGUGGACAGAACGGGAUCAGUGCAUCAUCAAUGAGGAACCCAACGCCACUCUGUGGUCUUUCCUUCAGUGGAGGCAGAAGCUCAAGUCCCGGAAGAAACACGACAACGCACAGCUUCUCACCGGGGUGAUAUUCAAGGGCACCACCAUCGGCAUGGCGCCCCUGGAGGGCAUGUGCAGUCUUGAGAACUCGGGCGGCAUCAACGUGGACCAUUCAGAACUGCCCAUUGGGGCAGCUGCCACCAUGGCCCAUGAGAUUGGCCAUAACUUUGGCAUGAGUCAUGACCAUGAGGGCUGCUGUGUGGAGGCCACAGCAGAGCAGGGAGGUUGUGUGAUGGCAGCAGCUACAGGGCAUCCGUUCCCUAAGGUAUUCAGCCGCUGUAGCAAGAAGGACCUGGACAACUACUUUCAAAAAGGAGGGGGAAUGUGCCUGUUCAACAUGCCGAACAUGAAGGACCUGGUUGGGGGAAAGAGAUGUGGGAACGGCUUUGUAGAGGAUGGAGAGGAAUGUGACUGCGGAGAGCCAGAGGAGUGUACGAAUGACUGCUGCCACGCCAGUAACUGCACACUGAAGGAAGACGCUCAGUGUGCCCAUGGUGUCUGCUGUGAAGGCUGCAAGCUGAAGCAGGCAGGCACUAUGUGCCGUGGUCCAGCUGGUACAUGUGACCUCCCUGAGUACUGCACUGGAGGAUCACCUUACUGUCCUUCUAAUGUUUACCUGCUGGACGGUUCCUCCUGCCAGUCUGGCAAUGCCUACUGCUAUAAUGGCAUGUGUCUUACUCAUGAGCAACAGUGCCUGCAGCUCUGGGGCUACGGUGCACGGCCUGCACACGAUGCCUGUUUCCAAGAUGUGAAUGCAGCAGGAAAUGCCUUCGGAAACUGCGGCAAGGAUGUGCAUGGCAACUAUGUGAAGUGUGAGAAAAGCGAUGCCAAGUGUGGGAAGAUUCAGUGUCACAGUGCUGCCAAAAAGCCAAAGGGCACCAACGCUGUAUCGAUCGACACCACCAUCCGCACAGAUGGAAUCGAGGUGAAGUGCCGGGGCACGUAUGUGUACAGCACCCAGGAUGGCCAAGGAGACCUACCAGAUCCUGGCCUUGUCAUGACUGGAACCAAGUGUGGAGAGGGAAAGGUGUGCAAAGAUCGCCGGUGCCAGAACGCCUCUUUUACUGAGCUGGAGGCUUGCAUAGCUCGCUGCAAUGGUCAUGGGGUGUGCAACAGUAAUGGGAACUGUCACUGUAACGGCGGCUGGGCGCCGCCCUAUUGUGACAAACCUGGACUGGGAGGCAGUGUGGACAGCGGGCCGGUGCAGUACGACAGUCAGGUGGGGCUGGUCGUUGGCCUGCUCUUUGCUUUUCUGGUGCUGCUGCCUGCUGUUCUCAUUGCCUUUUACUGCAUCAAGAUCAAGACUUCCUAUUACCACAAGUGGUUGUCACAGAGAGAAAAGAACAAGGCUAACAGUAGACAUGAGAGCUCUAUAGAAAAAGGAAACAAUGGACACUUAAACCCGGCUUUCCAUCUGAAAGUAGUGGGACCCUCCAACAAAAGCACCAAUCUCAAGCUACCUCACACCAGUAAGGAGGUUCUCCCACUCCGACCAGGCCUCGCUUCUAACGGCACCCAGCCAGUCAACAUCGUCAGGCCCCUUCGUCCCGCCCCCUCUCCACACCUUCGCGAUGUCAAAGUGCCUCGGCCUCCCCCUCCCAUUAGCAAACCUCUGGAGGCAGCGAAGUCCAGCCCUACUGCUCCCAAACUCAGCCCACCCAAGAAACCCCUUCCGCUCAACCCCACACGCAACCCAGGGGCAUCAGAGCUAUAUCCAAAACCUUCCCCCACACCCCCCCAGAGGCCACUCCCUCUGAGCCCUGCACGAGGAACCCAAGCCAAACCCUCCAGCGGGGGGCUGCUGGUGAUGAUGCCCCCUGCUGUGGGCUCUAAGCCCGUGGGCAAGGUGACCGCUAUCCCCCCUCUCAGAGCACUCAGACCUGUUCCAGGACCCAAGCCAAACACAGUCUCACAGUCACCUUUUCGAAAAUGACCUUUGUAGGAUCAACUGUAAAAAACAGCAGCCAGCCUUUUUUGCACUAUAUAAAGGCCUUUGAUUAGAGACCGACUCCGGUACUGGAUUGGAAGAAUAGAAGGACAGAAGAGUACGGUGCUAAGGCCGGAAUUUCCCAGGCCUCACUUAUUUAAGCCAGAGUACAAUCCAGCCCAACAUAAGAGGAGACGCGGUUUUGCAUCGAUGAACAUGCAGACUGAGAUAAUAAGAUUCUGGUGGGCCGUCACAUUGCCAAAACCUUAAUUUUUGUUGUUUGUUGUUUGUUUUGUUGUGUUUUUUGCUUUUUUAACUUUACAGUUUCUUGUUCGAAGUGUUGAUUGUUCUAUUAUGCCAUUGUCCUGUUUACAUUUUUUGUCAUCUGCCAAAGAUGUUGUUUGUUGACUUAAUUUGUUCUUUGCUGUAUGGAUUUUUGCAUUUCUUAUAUAAAAUGCCCCAUUACAAGUUUUUACUAAAAACA